CCUUUGCUGAGAGUGGAUCUCUUUCGCUGUAUCUUCGAUCUUUAUUAGUGAUAAGCUCAUCUUCAGAUCCAUAGAGUAUGGGAAGAAAGACUGACCAGCUUCUGCUUGCUACUCUGGGUUGGUUUCCGGCAAGACUGGCUCUGGCAGUGAUGGCGUGGUUCGGCUUCAUCAACCUGUACAUGGUAAGGGUCAAUCUGUCCGUGAUCAUCGUGGCGAUGGUGCGCCGGAAUGAGACAGAUGGUUUCACCGCUCCGUGCCUUAGGAUCACAAAUGAAACACAAGGCAAAACUACAGACUUUCAAGAUAAUGAGGAGACAGGAGAACAUAGUGCAGAAGGCGAGAUGAUCUGGGACGAGAGAACCCAAGGCUUUGUGUUGGCAGGCUUCUAUUAUGGCUACGCCACCACUCAGAUUCUGGGGGGUCGCCUGGCGGAGCUCUAUGGGACACGGUGGGUGUUUGGAAUCUGCAUCUUAGCGGGAGGCAUUUGUACUGUCCUUUCCCCCAUCGCGGCUCGUACUCAUUACGGCUUCUUGAUUGCUCUCAGAAUUACUCAGGGAAUAUUUCAGGGCGCCUCUUGGCCGUCUAUGCACGCUUGUGUGGCCCGCUGGAUUCCACCUCUUGAACGAUCCAGGUUCAUCGCUUCCGUCUACUUUGGUGCAACACUGAGCACAGCCUUAACGUUGCCCUUGUGCGGCGUGAUCAUCGCGGCGCACGGGUGGGCAGUGGCCUUCUAUGUGACGGGCGUGCUGUCUCUCGUCUGGUGCGCCUUCUGGUUCGCCUUCAUGCACGACUCACCCAGGCAGCAUCCCAGGAUCUCCGGCAAAGAGCUGCGUUAUAUCGAGGACGCCCUGAGGGCAUCCGGCACCAGCAGCAGCCGCUCGACAAAGCUGCCCUUGAAGAGCAUCUUGACAAGCCUUCCUGUCUGGGCUAUUGUCGUGGGUGACGUCGGCAACACUUUCGGCUUGAAUCUCUUUCUUACUCAGCUUCCAACCUACAUGAAGAAUAUACUCGGAUUCUCUAUCAGAGAGAAUGGGGUGAUCUCCGCCCUUCCUUUCUUAUUGCGUUACACAGGCGCUCUCACCUGGAGCAAUCUCGGGGACUGGUUGAUUCCAAUGUGGGGACCUGGAGUACUGAUCAUCGGCGUAGUAUAUUCAGGCUGUAACUCACAGGCAAUUGUGACUCUCAUUUGCUUGGCGCUCUUCUUCAAUGGUGCUGUAACCGCAAGCAUAACUGUUAAUCAUACAGACAUUGCUCCUAAUUUUUCAGGAACGCUCUUCGGGAUCGCCAACACGCUCUGUAGCUUUGGCGGCUUCUCUGUGCCAGUGAUGGUUGGUUACAUGACUAAUGGAGAGCAAACCCCGAGUCAGUGGCAGAAGGUAUUCUGGAUCUUCAUACCCGUAUACAUCGUUACGGAGAUCUUCUUCCUCGUGUUCAGCUCCGGUACAGUUCAACCAUGGAACUAUGGAGAGGCAGGCGAGCAGAGGGAAAAUGCCGAAGAGUCCGAGCUGAAUAAACUAAAGGAACAGGAUACCUUAUCAUCUCCGAAUCCCUACACAUACAGAAGAUGAAACCAGAAACAACACAACCACCGGAACAACUUUAUUCACCCAAUAGUCCUUCCCUCUCACCAACACCCACUUUGGUUAGUUUACCUGUUUUGGUUGUUUACAGUUUUUUUUUCUUGUAUAUAUGUUAUUUUUCAUUGUAUUUCGUUUUUUUAUGAUUUCAUUAUGCCUUUGUAUAUAUUGUUCUUAGCUAUUUUCACGUAUUUGCAAAUUGUUCAGAACCUAUAUAUCCUUAUUCAUAAUUGUCCAACUGACUUUUUCAAUGCUUCUUUUUGACAGUUUUACUGAUGAUAGAGGUCUAAUGUUCACC